GUCGCAGGCGGGUGGCGGCGGCCGUGCUCGCUAGUGAGGGCGGGAGGGAGUGAGUCACUGAGCGUGUGUGAGGGAGGGAAGGAGCGAGCGGGCGAGCGAGCAGCCCCGCGCCGUCCGCCCGCAGCCGCAGCCAGGCCGCGCCGCCGCCCUGCGCCGAGGCCGGGCCGAGCCGAGCUGGGUCGCGCCCGGGCCAUGCUGCUCACCGUGUACUGUGUGCGGAGGGACCUCUCCGAGGUGACCUUUUCCCUCCAGGUCGACGCCGACUUCGAGCUGCACAACUUCCGCGCGCUGUGCGAGCUCGAGUCUGGCAUCCCCGCAGCCGAGAGCCAGAUUGUCUACGCUGAAAGACCUCUCACAGACAACCACAGAUCACUGGCUUCUUACGGCUUGAAAGAUGGGGAUGUUGUGAUUUUACGACAGAAGGAGAAUGCAGACCCUCGACCUCCAGUGCAGUUCCCAAACUUACCCCGAAUAGACUUCCGUAGCAUAGCUGUGCCUGGCACAUCCAGCUCCCGGCAGCGCCAGCCAGCAGGAGUACAGCAGUCCCACUCAUCUCCUGGAGAAAUAGCUUCGUCUCCUCAGGGCUUGGACAAUCCAGCCUUGCUCCGAGACAUGUUGCUGGCCAACCCCCACGAGCUGUCCUUGCUGAAGGAACGCAAUCCACCCCUGGCAGACGCCCUGCUCAGUGGAGACCUUGAGAAAUUUUCUAGAGUCCUGGUGGAGCAGCAGCAGGACCGAGCCCGGAGAGAGCAAGAAAGGAUUCGUCUCUUUUCUGCUGACCCUUUUGAUCUUGAAGCUCAGGCAAAGAUAGAAGAAGAUAUAAGGCAACAGAACAUUGAGGAAAACAUGACAAUAGCUAUGGAAGAGGCUCCAGAAAGUUUUGGCCAAGUAGUCAUGCUUUAUAUUAACUGCAAAGUGAAUGGACAUCCUGUGAAAGCCUUUGUUGACUCAGGUGCCCAGAUGACUAUUAUGAGCCAAGCUUGUGCAGAAAGGUGUAAUAUAAUGAGGCUGGUGGACCGUCGGUGGGCAGGGAUCGCCAAAGGAGUGGGCACCCAGAAGAUUAUUGGAAGGGUACAUCUAGCUCAGGUUCAAAUUGAAGGAGAUUUCCUGGCGUGUUCCUUCUCUAUACUUGAGGAACAGCCCAUGGACAUGCUUCUGGGACUGGACAUGCUAAAACGGCAUCAGUGUUCCAUUGACCUCAAGAAAAAUGUACUCGUGAUCGGCACCACAGGCUCGCAGACCACCUUUCUUCCUGAGGGAGAGUUACCAGAGUGUGCCCGGUUGGCAUAUGGGGCUGGGCGAGAGGAUGUGCGGCCGGAAGAGUUUGCAGACCAAGAAUUAGCAGAAGCCCUUCAAAAGUCCGUGGAGGAUGCAGAGAAAAGUGGUAAAGAAACUACCUCACUGGGAAUGUCAUCGUUACCAACUUCAGAUGGAUUUAACCAUCCAGCCCAUCCUUCAGGACAGAGUCCUGAGAUUGGUAAUUCUACGAGUCUUGCUCACUCUGUCUCUGCUUCAGUCUGCCCCAUCAAGCCCAGUGACCCAGACAGCAUUGAACCGAAAGCUGUGAAGGCUUCAAAGGCUUCAGCUGAAUUCCAGCUAACCUCUGAAAAGAAAGAACAGCUUCCUCUCUGGGAUCCUUCUGAUUGUGCUUCUUCAGCAGACAGCGCUCCAACAGACCAGAGUCCAGCUAUGCCUUUGCAGAGUUCAUCCGAAGAAGCCAUUCUUGCAGAUAAUCUGGAGGAAUCUGCUGAAAGAAGCACCCAGAGCCUCAAAUCUCAUCUCCACACAAGACAGGAAGCUAGUUUAUCUGUCGCAACAACUAGGAUGAAAGAACCACGGAGGUUUCCAGGUGAAAACGGAAGGCAUCCAGAAUAUCAGAAUCUGAGUCAAGUGAGUGGCCUUCAGCAGCAUGAAGAACCAGAGGAUGAAAGGCAUGAGAUUGUACAACAGAAUGCUCCACGUGACCAAGAACAUCUUUAUAACACAGGGGACCUUGAACUUUUUGGAGAAAGGCAACAGAAUCAACAAAAAAGUGUUGAUUUGGAAGCCACAAUGAAAGGAGACAGUCUACAGCAGCAUGUGGACCUUACAGAUAGAGAGAAAAAUAUUCCGCCCUCAGGAUGCUUUGGCUGCUCAAAUGCAGAAACGCUUAUGGAAGUAGAUGCAGUUGAACAGUCCCUAGUUGCCGUGCUGAAUUCAGCAGGCGGUCAGAACGCCAGUGUUAAGGACAUUGGUGCAUCUGAUCUCACCUUAGAUGAUCCCUUGAUGGAAAUAGAAACAUCAAAAUGUGACCCUUCGUCUGAAAUUUUGAGUAAUUCCAUUUCCACUCAGGAUUUACAGCUCCCAGAGAGUAAUGUUGAAAUGUCUGGAACAAAUAAAGAAUGUGGGGAAGGCUCCCCCUCCUUAAAUCCCUGUGGCAACUGUCAGCCCUCUGUGGAGUCAGCAGAGGAAGCUUGCUCAUCUAUAACGGCAGCCUUGAAGGAACUUCAUGAACUUUUGGUCAUUAGUAAUAAACCAGCUUCAGACAAUACAUCUGAAGAAGUUAUCUAUCAAUCAGAAAUGGUAACUGAGGACCAAACAAGUAUUAAGGACCUUUCUGAAAGAUGGACCCACAAUGAGCAUCUUACAGCUACCCAGAAGGAGCAGUGUUCACAAGUCUCCUUUCACCAGGCCGUGUCUGUAUCAGUGAAGACAGAAAAAUUAACAUAUGCUUCAGCUGACACUGGAAUAGAAGAUGUAGAAAAUAUGAACUUCAGGGGUCCAGGUGAUGGCCUGUUAACAGAUAAGGAGAAUGUUCCCAAGUCUGGGGAAUCAAUAAACGAGAGCAGUUCUGUCACUCCAGCCUCAGCUGAAACGUCUAAUCAGUUACCCUACACCUUAGGUGUAGAAAUUUCACCCAAACUUUUAGCAGGUGAGGAGGAUGCACUCAAUCAAACUUCUGAGCAAACUAAAUCCUUGUCAUCCGAUUUCAUAUUGGUUACAGAUUUGGGUCAGGGCACACAGAAUCCAGUGACAGACAGGCCUGAGACCAGAGAGGAUGUCUGUCCUGAAGCUUCAGGGCCACUUCUUGAAUUUGAACCACCUACCAGCCAUCCGUCAUCACGUCCCUCCAUUCUUCCCCCGUUAAUUUUUCCUGCCGCGGACAUUGACCGGAUUCUCCGUGCUGGCUUUACUUUGCAGGAAGCUCUUGGGGCUUUGCAUCGAGUUGGUGGAAAUGCAGACCUUGCACUUCUUGUUUUGCUAGCAAAGAACAUUGUAGUUCCUACAUAACCAUGGAAAAGUGGGCUAGACUGUACUCCAUUCCCUUAAAAAAGCUACACACACACGCACACACACUCACCACAUAUACAGUAUAUGUAGAAACCUGCAAGCAGAAUGUUGAGCCAGAUUUUUUUUAAAGAUUUUUUUCGGCCAAAGUAAUUUAUGAUCUCGUCUGAUGAAUUUGUCUAUUCUAUUUGUUAAAAUUUGGGCCUUUUUAAAUGUAGUGGCAGUAUGUGCAUAGAAAAGCUUUUUAUUCUCAUUAAGAUGAUGUAUUCUGGAAUAAAUUGAUGGUUUUGUGUAUAGCAUACCAUUUUAGAAUGAGAGUGAAUGCUUUGAAAAGCCGAAGCCUUGAGAAAUCCCACUGCACAUGCAGCUAAAAGCAGAUCAACUUCACACUUUGGCUGUGUCUGUGAAGUUAUGCAAGAUAUGGCUUGUUGACUCAGUUGUCAAUUUACAAACUUUUAACCACAUGGUGUGGUGUUUGGAAUUAUACCCAAUGCUCUAUGUAUUAUGAUUCAUCAAUUAUAAGAGGAAAUUGAAGAAUAAUUGAUUAAUAUCUCCUAGAGUGGUAUGUUUUUAUUCUUGUGGUUAGGAUUUGACAUUUUAAUGGGAUGAGCCGGGAGGGUUUAACUUGGGCUGCUUUGUACAUCACAGGCUGCUGCAUGGAUUGCCAAAUAUCUUGGGUGGGAUAUUGUGGAAGAAUUGACAGUUGAGGAAAAUAUGGUGCUACCCAGACUUAAAAAACAAAACCAAACUGUAAUUCCAUUUGCAAAUCUUUGGGUGAUGUUUUCAAGAACUGUAAGUGAAAAAUAAUGGCCUAAACACUGGAAUUUACUGGAGAUUGGGUUUGCUAAUAUCUCACUAAUCACACCUCAACCCUUAAUGACUAAUGAUGAUUUCAGUUCAGUGCAUGGUUUGAUGCCAGCAGUUUAUUUCCUUUCUAAAUUCAUCUUCUACUAGGAAGUUCUUCUGAAGCUCACUUGGAGCUGUGGUCUGAAUGAAAUAUUCAAAUGUGAUGAUAACCUUAUCACUCGUCCAUCUCGGUGCUUGGAAUGGUCAGUCUGUUUGGUGAGUGUCCUCUGUGGCAUUGGAGGUAGGAAUUGCAGUUGCUGACUCAAGUGGCCUUGGUAGAGUUUUCCAUCCCUUUCUUUCCUCAGGAGUUUCUUUUUUAAGCAAGAUUUGUCAUAUUUGUGUUUACCCUGUCAAGUUAGAGUGGGGCAUAGUGCAUAGAUGUAUUUAUUGUGGCCUUUUUUAUAUGAGGACUAGCCCUUGGAAAUCAUUGUCCUGUGGGUCCCACUGUGCAAUAAUCCUACUAGAUAAUUUUUUCCUGGAAAAUAAACUUCUCUCUAUGUACCUAGCAGGAAUCUGAAAUCUUGGUUUUAUUGAAAAGAAUUUUGAGAACAAUAAUUCCUGAUUCCAGAUUAUAGUUUGCAAUGCAUUUGAAACAGCAGCUUUGAAGGGGUGAUUUGUGAACUUAGUGUUAAAUGAUUUUGUCUAAAGUCUGACUCUCUUUGAAAACUUAUUCUUUCCAUCAAAUUCAAUCAUGGAGCACAAUCAAAAUGGAGGCUCAUAUCUCAGGAGUUUUUGAAAUUUUAAUUUGGGGGCACUUAGAGACAUUUCUCUUCCACCCUAUCCGUCUUCUCUCUUUUUGCUAUGAUGUUUGUAUGUGUGUUAUGAGACUUUAGUGAUGUGAUGGAAAGUCACAUAAAUUCAUCAUGAUCCUCUGAAGUUAGGAAAUGAUUGGCAGAAAGAGUUGUAGUUUACUGUUUUUAAGAGGGUGCUCAGAACAACAGGUUCGCCUGAUUGUCUUUAAAAUGUUCUUUGAGACAAUCACAUGUUGUAGACCCUUUUGCCUGCCCUACACCAAAGAUGUAAGAUGCACUAGGAAACUGCUUAUAGGAUUUCUGUCAACCAACUUUUAGAGCUGUGAUGGUAAUUAAGUAGUUGGUGCUAUGAUUGAAGCAAAAUCUAGUAGCAAUGCAAUGAACCCCUGUAUUUCCUUUAUGGGUGGUGACUGGGAAUUUAUUCUAAGCUUAUAAAUCUUUAGGGCCAUGGAGUGGGGUGGAUGUAGGGUGAGGGAAUUUAUCAAUGACAAUAGACUCCUCCAAAAAGGCCUUCUGUGUGGAAAUGGGCCUGGUGGUUUUCUGUGUGAGCCGUAUGGCGCACUGCUCAGACACUUGGCCACUGAAUUUUCACAAUGUGGAGAUUUGGGAAUCGGUCCCAGGUGGAAUAUACGAUAUCAAUCUGGAGAAGGUUUCAUUACAAUAGCUUUUUAUGUAUGUAUCUGUAUAUUUAUUUUUAGGAGAAAACUGACUAGGCCUAUAGUUGUCCACAUACUCUUGUUAGGAAUACUUUGAAUGAGCUUAACCCACUUGCCAGAUGUCCUUUUUUUAAUCAUUUAUUUUUCAAUGUAUAAUUGCUUUUGAUUUUUAAAAUUGUAUUUCUUGUCCAUCAUUUGUGUGAAAGUAAAGUUGACAUUGUUAGGCAUUUGAAUCAUUUUUAAAUUUAGCAGUUCUAGAACACAAAGGGAAUUAAGGAACGCGACACUAGCAAACCUUCAUUGUCAAAUUUUAUUUGAAGUGCAGAAAUUAGAGAUUAACUUCUCCAAGAAUAAGGUGAAAUCAUUGUGAACUCCUCUGGUUGCCAGUAGAACUGAUAAGGGCCAGCCAUAACCAGUGAUGGGCCACUUUAAUGGACGGCUCCUUUGCCAUAAACAGGAAUGGACAGCUCUGUGGUCAGCGCUUACCUCCAAGAGUGGUCUCUGUUUAUUCACCAAAAAGAGGGGAAGAUUUUCCUGUAUAACUUUUGUAUUUCCCUUAAAUUGGUUCCUGUGUAUAAGAAUGUACCUGGUAAUCAGACAGCUACACCUAGAUUUUGCCCCUUGGAGCUGGUAAGAAUUAUUUCCACUUGUAUCUGUUUAGGCCUCCAGACAUCAGCCAUUAGCCUUCAUUCCCACAGUUUGGGCUUUAAGCAUUAACAUAUAAAGAUUACCAGUUGCUUGGCAAAGGGGACUGGAUAGAUGGUGAGUGUGUGUUAAAACUAUCCUGCCUUGCAGCCUAUGGAACUUUCUGGAGCUGUUUGUCUCCAUAUGUACUAAAGGGAGACACACCCCAUUUGUUUUUUUCCCUAUGCAUCUCUCCAGCAAGGGAUUGCAUAAAAAUGGAAAGAUACAUGAGACUUUGUAUCACGGAUUUUAUGAUAGCCAGUUAAAGUGGAAUCUGCCUGUUCUUCCCUUACCACAGCUUUCUAUCUCUAGUAAAAGCCAUAAAAAUUUAGUUGGUUUAACUUUUCAGUUCAUGUGUAUAUAUACAUAUGUGAUUGACAAAUAUCCUACAGUUAAUUUUUACAUAGAUUAAAAAGCAAACAAUUUUUAUAUCUACAGAUAUAUUCCUCACUUGUGGUGGCUUUUAUCCCACCGUGUAUAUAAAACGGCCUUGCACAUACCUGGGCAGGAGAGUUGCAGUGCAUUCUGAUUUCUUUUUCCUGCCUGCUCGGCCCCUGCAGUGAGGGUAAGCAGGGUAACUGAACCGCUGCAAACUUCACUUGUUGCCACUGGUGGCACAUCAUAAGAGAAGCUAACUGGAUUGUGCAUCCUGCCAUUCUCUAGCGCAUGUACCAAAAAGCCAAAUUUCUCCUUUGAAUUUGGUGACCAAGUGUAGCCUGGCUGAACUAGAGAGAACCAAACAGUUAUCAAGAGUUUCUCUUCCUAGAAGAUAAAUGUUACCUUUCAUGUUAGGAGGUCCAUAAGAUAAAAAUAGCUUUUUUUUUUUCUGACAGAAUCAAAAAUGUCAAUUCCUAUUAAAAGACAAACUAAAUUCAAAGCAUGUCCUUGAGAACUAGAAAUAUAAAAUCCUGAUUCAAGUUCUAGAUCUUAAUGGUCCCUCAGUAGGUAUCCUACGAGUUCACUGAAUAAACUAAAGAACUUAAGGGCGAGCCUUUGAUGUGCUUGGUUUUCUCUUGUGCCUUAGUUUCUCCAAAUAGCAGAGGCAUCAAAUUUUGGUGGAGAAUAAAAGUGGAAGUAUCAGAGGGAGCUGGGGGAGUUUGAAAAUGGCCCUCUUGAAGAGAGAAGCCACUCGUGGAGUAGUCCUGAGGCUCAUCUUUAUUGUUGAUUCAGAAUUAUCCUGCACCAAGUCUUUGAUUUCCCCAGAUAGAAGGAUUAUAAUAUGAGUUUUUUGCAUCAGGAAUACCCAAAAGUGGUUUCUAGAUGUUUACUAUGUUCUUUGUUGUACUAUCAGUAUUGUAGCAGUUAAGGCAGAGAAACAGUUCGAGAAAAUUUAUAUAUUUGAACAAACAGUACUCUUGAAAGCUAUGCAGUGUGAGUCUUUGAACAGGAAUUGAUCAGUUCUUUCAUCAAACUGGAAGUGCCAAUGUCCGAGGCUCUAGUGAGCUCUGGGGGCACAGGGGUCACUAAAGCAGAUUGGAGCUCUGCUCUCGUGAAACUUUCGAUCUAGUAAGGAGACACAACAAAUUUUAGCUUCUAGAGCAAGAUCCGUUUUUGCCUAUUAGUAUGCUUUUAUUUUAAAAGUCAUACUAGAGCGAUUUGGUUCAAAUUCAGAGAAGACUGGGAAAAUCCCCAGGCUCAAAAUGGAAUUAGAUGCUGUGAACCUAAAACUGCUCUAAAAAAUAAAAUAUUUUAAAAAGUGGAAUUAGAAACCAACAAAAAAUGUUUGACGCUUGGUAGAAAUCCUUGAAGAGGUGGGGCAGGGGGAGAAUGGGCAAAGAGAAGCGCAAGUCAGUGGAAGAUGAUGCUAAAUAUGCACCAGUGACAGUCAGCUUUUCCUUUCAUCAGGACCUCCUUCCACACAGGGUAGAGAUAAGGAGUGUGCUGCGGUGUCCUCCCCACCUCCUUUUUGAGCACAGCUGCUCUGGAAUACUGACCAUCUGGGCCAGUAGGACUUAGCAGAGGAUUCUGCAGGGUUUUGUAGUUUAAAAGCAGCUGAGCGCAAGAUGUGAAAAACGGGGAUCUAGAGCAGAAAAUGUAGCACGCGAUGGUUCUAGGACUGGAUGGUGGGCAGAAUUUAUUUACAAAGGGAUUCGAGACUACCAGAUCUUUCUACAGGACAGCUCCAUCAAAAGGACAUUCUUUAAUCCAUUAUUUAAAAUAUCACAAUGUAUGUUGUAAUCCUGAGGCAUACGGGUAGAAUUUCUAGACCUUAACUACUAGUGGCUUCUGAGGCUUACAAUUAGAAAACUCUCACAUUUAUCAGUUGUGUAUUGAAGAUUGAUAAUCUAGACCCUCUAGGGGCUGUAAAAGGUGAGAGGAUAUAGCUGAUAAGUUUUAGGGCACAAUUUUAUGGAAUAAAAUCUACAGAGAAAAUGGUCCAAGGGUGUAGGAGUGAGAGAAUGUUUCUUUUACCUAAAAAAGUUCAGCAAACUAUAGAAGACGUGGGGUGGAGGCAUGGAAUACAAAAUUAGAAUAAUUCCUACAGAAGUAUAUUUCUUUAAAUAGGUACAAGAAGGUCUUCAGUAGCUGACUUGGGGAAGAGGUAUGCUGGGGUGCUUUUUCCGGGGAAAAUACCUGUCUGAUGGGAAAUGAUUUUGUUCACCAGGGGUUGGUUCUUCACACACCCUUGGAUGAAUGCGUCUGUGGCUUAAAGAAAGGUAAACUCUAUUUCCUCCCCAGGGCAGUCAGAUCAGUUUGUUUCCAGAUUCUUUUGGUCUGAGAUUACCUGAAGCCAACCAGACUUCUCUUUCCUUCCCUGAAGGCCCCGCGGCUUUCUGCGUUUAUGCCGCCCAUCUGAGACCUUUCCCUCUGAACGAUUGUAUUUCCAUUCUUUAGUCUCCUGAUCUGCCUUUUGAAAUGUUCUGGCGAUCUACUCAGAGCAAUUCAACUAUUGAUUGCAUUUGCUUCUCUCAGUGUGCACUUAUGAUGAAAAUUGAUUUGCUCAUUUUUAUUCAAAGUCUCAUUUCAUGGCAAGUUGGGCUUGUUUGCCAGUUUUGUAGCCACAUUUGGCAAAUCUGAGCAAAGAGAAACCCCUCUUUUCUCUGUCCCCUUGUUUGUUCUUGCAAUUGCUCAUGUAUUGCUUUACUGACUUUCUCUAAGCUGUGAGACUACUGCAUCUUAAGAACUAGGCUGAUUGGCAAAAUAGACUUGCCAAUAGCUCAGUCACUCCCAUAAUGCUUUGGUUUUGAGAGUUGGGAAAACUCUGAGAACUUAAGGGAACCAAACUCAGGAAUCCCAAAGUUGGUUGUGUUGUGCCAUUGGUUUAGGGGCUAGACAUAGGACCUGUCUGCCGUUGAGUGAACUAGAUGCAUUUGGGUUUGAGUUUUUGUCACAUACUGAAAUGUAAGUCAGCCCUAAAUAAUCAAAACAAUUUAUUUUAUUUUUCUUUUUUUAAUAGGAACUUUCUGAAGAAAAAGUGAUGUGUAAAACAUUUGAUAUUUAAGACAAUAAAGUUUUUAUCAUAAGA